CAGCUAGUAAUCACGGAAAGCAAGCUCUCUCCGGCCAUAUUUCACGGCUGGCUGCCUGAUCGGCGGGCCGGAGGUGAAAUUUCAGGCGAAUCAUCUUUCCAGGAUGGGUGAGGAAGCAGGGGCAGUGCCCACCUCGAUGGCAUCUGUAAAUGGCGGCGAGAGUCGGAAGUUCGCCCUUCCAGUGGAUUCCGAGCACAAGGCCACGGCCUUCAAGGUCUUCUCCUUCUCCAAGCCCCACAUGCGUUGCUUCCACCUCUCCUGGCUCUCCUUCUUCGCCUGCUUCGUCUCCACCUUCGCCGCCCCUCCCCUCAUGCCCAUCGUCCGCGACAACCUGGACCUCACCGCCCUCGACAUCAGCAACGCCGCCAUCGCCUCCGUGACCGGCGCCAUCGCCUCCCGUCUCCUCAUGGGCACCCUCUGCGACCUUAUCGGCCCCCGCCGCUCCUGCGCGGCCCUCUGCAUCCUCACCGCCCCCGCCAUCUUCUGCGCGGCCAUCAUCGACUCCCCUGGUUCCUUCAUCGCCGUCCGCUUCAUCAUCGGCCUCUCUCUGGCCAGCUUCGUCUCCUGCCAGUUCUGGAUGAGCUCAAUGUUCAGCACCCGCGUCGUCGGCCACGCCAAUGGCUUUGCCGCCGGCUGGGGCAACCUCGGCGGCGGCGCCACCCAGCUGCUGAUGCCCCUGCUCUACGAGCUCAUCCACCGGGCCAUGGGCGUCACGCCCUUCACCGCCUGGCGCAUCGCCUUCUUCGUGCCCGCCGUCUUCCAAUACCUCAUGGGCAUGAUGGUCCUGACGCUGGGGCAAGACCUUCCCGACGGCAACUACGACGACCUCAAGAAGAAGGGGGAGAAAGUCGACGACAGCUUCGGCAAGGUCGUCUACCACGCCGUCACGAACUACCGGGCCUGGAUUCUGGCGCUGACGUACGGCUACUGCUUCGGCGUGGAGCUGACGGUGGACAACGUGAUCGCUCAGUACUUCUACGAUCGGUUCGAGCUGCAGCUGCACACGGCGGGGAUGGUGGCGGCGAGCUUCGGGAUGGCCAACCUCUUCUCCAGGCCUCUCGGCGGGGCUUUCUCCGACUGGAUGGCCAAGAGGUACGGUAUGAGGGGGAGGCUGUGGGGGCUGUGGGCAGUGCAGACAGCCGGCGGGGUCCUCUGCGUCGUCCUGGGGAUGAUGAACACCUUGGCCGGCGCCAUCGCCGUGAUGCUGGUCUUCUCCUUCCUGGUUCAGGCAGCCUGCGGUUUGACCUUCGGCGUCAUCCCCUUCAUCUCGCGCAGAUCACUUGGGAUCGUGUCUGGAAUGACGGGAAGCGGGGGAAACGUCGGUUCGCUGGUGACGCAGUCGAUAUUCUUCAACGGGUCGACGUUCUCGACGGCGAGGGGGAUCACCUUCAUGGGGGUGAUGAUCAUCGCCUGCGCCCUCCCUCAGCACCUCAUCUACUUCCCCCAGUGGGGCGGCACCCUCUCCGGCCCCUCCUCCAAGCCCGGCUCCUCCGAGGAAGACUACUACCUGCGGGAAUGGAGCGAUGGGGAGAGGGAGAUGGGCUACCACCACAACAGCUUGAAGUUUGCACACAACAGCAGGAGCGAGAGAGGGCGCAGCUCCGAGAAGCAGCUCCAUGCUUCCACCACGAUGCCAGUCGAACGUAACUGCUGAGCAGAUAUCAUCUCCUAUGUUCAUCUUCUUCUUCUUCUGCUGCUGUCGAUUCAAACUGAUCAUGCCUCAGUUUGAACACAACUUGGUGUUGCUUUCCUCCUCCCCGUUCCACCAACCUGACUGGGAUAUAUGGUCCAACAACAUAAAUUAUUCCUACCAAAUGCUAUCUAAGCGUAUGAACUGGACAUAGAGUUUAGUUUUGGAUCCAUAUUUUGCAGGCUAUUGGGUU